ACAGAUUCUGCAGAUCUCUUUUGGCAGGCAUGGAAAGCUGCUCCGGAAGGCCCCACAAAAGAAACUCUGAAGCAGAGGCUAAACGAUGUAAUGGGUCGAGCCGAGGAUAUUAAAGGGGUUCAUUUGAAUACGAUGCCGCUUUUAAAAGAGAAGCCAAGUUAUACACCUAUCAUAGCUGGACCCUCUAAUUUGACACCUCAGGAACUUCGAGUCCUCAAAACCACCAUGGUCAUCAACAAUAAAAGAUAUCAUCCAUGGAGCGAUGCAGAUGUCAAGGAUUUACUUCGAGAAAAGGGGCCUUUUACAGAUCCAGAUGGGAUGCUCGCACUCUCUGAUAAGCAGACUGCCAAGUUUGGGUCUUGGAAGCGUGUCUCCCAGAUCAUGGAAAAUCCAAAAAUGAUAUGUUUGAUUUCAAGCACAAGCAUUGUGCAGGACAUUGUGACAGAUUGUUCAUUUGUAGCGAGCUUGUGUGUUAGUGCGAGCUAUGAAAGGCGAUGGAAGAAACAGUUAAUUCGAGCAUGUAUAUACCCUAAGAACAAGUUUGGCGAACCCUGCUAUAAUCCACAUGGGAAAUAUCUUGUCAAGCUCACCUUCAACGGCAUUGCUCGACGCGUUGUGGUCGACGAUUACCUACCAGUUUCCAAAGCGGGAACUUUAAUGUGUACUUUCUCAACCAACAAGAACGAGCUAUGGCCUAGUAUAAUUGAAAAGGCGUACAUGAAGUUGAUGGGUGGUUACGACUUUCCUGGCUCGAAUUCUGGAAUUGAUCUUUACGCUCUGACUGGAUGGAUACCUGAGCAUAUUUUUAUCAAAGAAACUAAUUUUGAUAGCGAAAAGCAGUGGAAACGAAUGAUGGAUGGACAGCGCAAGGGUGUAGCGCUAGUAACUAUUGCUACGGGGCAUAUGUCAGAUGAGGAGGCAGAUCAUUUAGGACUUGUGCCUACUCACGCAUACGCUGUAUUGGACUUGAAGGAAGUUCAAGGUCUGCGGUUACUACAAGUCAAAAAUCCAUGGAGCCAUAAACGCUGGAAAGGGCCGUUCAGUCAUCUUGAUGCGGAUCAUUGGACAGAAGAACUGAAGAAGGAGCUAAAUUUUGAUCAGUUUGCAGCGCUGAAGAAUGAUGAUGGCAUUUUCUGGAUUGAUUAUGAAUCUGUUUGUUCGACAUUCGACACCAUACACAUCAACUGGAACUUGGAGACUUUGAACUACCGAGCUGUGAUUCACGCGCCUUGGCCAUGCAAUUAUGGGCCAAAGCGGGAUAACUACAAUCUUGGCUAUAAUCCACAGUUUACGCUGAUAACGAACGUCAAGGGUUCUCGACCAUGUGUGAUUUGGCUGCUACUCUCAAAACACAUCACCAAGACAGAGGAAAACCGAGACUUUAUCACGUUACAUGUCUUCGAUGUUCAAAGACAGGUACAAAACCAAGCUAUAACAUAUAUCCCUGCAAUCUCUUUAUCCUCUGCUUCAGCAAGUACAUCUACAUCUCUCGCUUCAUUACCUGGGCAAGCAACAUCUUCAUUGUCCGUUUUGUCAGCCCGUAGUCAGGGUACAAGGAUUUAUUAUGAAGGUAAUUCGUUGAUCAAGGGUAUGUAUGUCAACAGCCCUCAUAUUUUAGUCCGCUUCGAAGUCCCUUCAGGCCAAAGCGAAUACACGAUUGUGUUGUCACAGCAUAUCAAGACUCGAGACCUUCAUUUCACAUUAAGAGCAUAUGCCAUGUGUGAAUUUGAGCUUCGAGAAAUACCUAACAAAUAUGCUAUUGAGCGGAAGUUUGAGGACGAGUGGACGGAAGAGACUGCAGGUGGAAGUGGCAAUAACGCCAGCUUCCUAAACAAUCCACAGUAUCGUUUGGUCGUGCCUGUGCCCCCAGCACCUCAAACGGCAACAUCAGUCCUAUUCAUGUUGGAAUCGCCUACGGAUUAUGCAGCACAUGUACAGCUGGUGAACUCGCAGGGCAAGCGUGUUUCAUGUGUUUGGACAAAGGAUAUUAUCGCACAGUCUGGCGAAUACCGCCAUGGGUUCUGCUAUUGCGAAGCUACUGAUAUUCGACCGGGGCAAUAUACUGUUAUCGUGUCAACCUUUGAACCAAAUCAAAUUGGGAAAUACAGACUAACAAUGCAGUCCCAUAUCGAGCUAUCGUUAACUCCCAUCCCUAUCGAAGGGGCUGGAAUGUUUAAAAAGACUUUGAAAGGUGAAUGGGUCCUAGGUGUCAGUGCCAUGGGUUGGCAUCACCAUCAAAGUCUCAGCUAUGCAAAGAACCCACAUUUCCUCGUUCCUAUAACAGAGAUGACGUCGUUCAAGGUCCGGUUACAAACUCCCGAGAUGACUAACCCAAUGCCGAAGACUAACAUCACAGUCUUUGAACGGUUGGAUGAAGGCAUCCUUGGACGAGAAAUAUGCUCCUCUGGGCCCUACGCUUCCAUUCCUCAGGGUGUAGCCACAGAUACAAUCACGCUCUUGCCGAACCAGCAUGGGUAUCUAAUGGUGGUAUCGACAUUAGAGCCAGGGAUUGCAGGCAAAUUUGUGUUAUAUGCCUAUAGUGACCGUGCCCUGGACAUUAAGCCUGGCGGUGGAGCGGCGACGACUGUGAACGUGAACAUUGAUGGGACAGCAUCUUCAAUCAGAUCACUAUCGCUGUCAUCCUCUUCUGGAGGCUCCCCAUCACCAAGUAUUGCUAACUAUUCACCGUUAUAUUCGCCAUCAGGAAAUCCAAGUGGAGGAAACUAUGCGAAUAAUCGGCCAUCAAUGAGGUUCAGAAGACAGACUGGACCUGGACCAGGACAAGGUUCCACAGGUGGAGGACUUCUCUCGCCUUCAAAUUACUAGCUUUUUUUUUUGUGUAUAUUUUUGUAUAAAAUCCUCCUAGAUCGCUUUUCUCAGGCCCGAAGUUGUUUUUUUUAUCAUUCAUUCAACUCCUCUUCUCC